CUGUUCGCGUUCUUGUAAAUUAUCAGAAAAUCUUACUUGGAAGACAACCGAGUGUGGAUCCAGCACACUCUGGCAGACGAGGAAGAGGCCGGAAGUGACAACAGCGAAAAGCGAAAGGACCGUGAGUGGGCGGAGCUAAAUAGUCGCAGAAUGAAGCAAAGACGAACAUUGAUCAGGAAAGAGGGUCAAAGCAAUAUCGCCUUCAGGGGAAUCCAAAAGAAGAAAACGAAAUACCUGAAGGAUCUCUACAUUACCCUGCUUGAUCUAAAGUGGCGAUGGGCGACCCUCAUCCUUUUCCUCGGAUUCUUCCUCAGUUACUUCAUAUUCUCCAUCGUCUACUACCUUCUCUCAUACAUACACGGCGACUUUGACCACAUUGGGGAUCCGAAAUUUGAGCCAUGCAUUAAGAAUCUGGAGAGUUAUUGGGACGCCCUUCUGUUCUCCAUUGAGACCCAGUCUACUAUCGGAUAUGGAACUAUCUACCCCCACGCCGAGUGUGGGGGCACCGUACCCGCAGUGUUUGUGCAGAUUUCAGUUGGGUUUCUGUUGGAAACGAUUCUGCUGGGCUUCAUUUUUGUCAAGAUCGCACGACCUAAACAUAGAAGACACACUCUCGUAUUUAGUCGCAACGCGUGCCUGUGCAAGGAAGAUAACCAGAUGAGCCUCCAGGUGCGAGUGGGCGACAUGAGGAACACUCACCUCAUAGAGACACACGUGUACGGAGUGCUCGUCAAGAGAUACGUCAGUCAGGAGAAACAUGUCUACCCGCUCUUCCAGCAUGAACUCGAGUUUGAAGCUCAUGGGAUGGGAGACCGUGUAUUCUUGAUCUGGCCCAUGGUGCUACGUCAUAAGAUAACACCUGACAGUGUGCUGUAUACUCUAACCCCUGAAGAGAAAAGGCCAGUCUGCUGCAAGGAGCCAGCAAAGUGUUGACGGUCAGUGAAGACACGCUUUUGGACUACAGCACAGCGUCAGAGACAGAGGCAGAGAGAGACUCCGAGUGACUCCACCAGUCACAGUAAUAUUAUAUCACGUUGAAGACUCACAAAGAGCUGAGAGCUAUUACAUCUCUGUCUCUUCAGGCACCAGUAUAAGAGUCUGGCUGGUUGUUCUUCUGUCCACUGGAGCCAAGUAAAAGGGCAGAAGUAGGCAAUGGGGGCUUCUUCAGCUCCUUACGUAUUGAUGACUAGCUUUUUAACCUUAGCUGUUGUGAAAUUUUGAAUUAAAAUGAAGAGUCCAAAUUA